GACGUCACUCAACAGACAGCGAGUCGCGACUGUCAUAUGUACACAGCAAACCAGUGGCCAAGAACCAACCAAAACAAAAACAAGAUGUCCAACAACAGAUUAUCACCCACCGCACUCAGACUGAUCGAGAAGCAACACGAACUCGAGGCCCUGGUCCAACUCAACCAACUCUCUCAUGGGAUGUCCGUCCAACUAGAACAACUCAGUAACCAGUUCGCGCAGGGGGCUGAUGGCGCAUUGAUCACCGAAUCCGUCAUCCAACGCUGGCAAAACGUCUUCCGAGCAGCCCAUCUAGCAAUCGCUACUCGGGCUAAUGCCAUCAAUAACGCCGCGCAGAAUCCAGUGGACAUGCUCGUCCGAAUCCCCGUCGGAUCGGCCCAAGAAGACGAUUCUGCAUAGUCCAACCCCCUCUCCAAAAAAGAUCCUGUUAUUUAAGACCCUCCAAUAUUAUUUGUCAUUUUCUAGUUGAGUGCUUUGUUCCCUGGCUCUUUUUCAUUUUUUUUUAUUUCUAGAAUAACUUACACAUCAAAGAAUGCAACAAGAGCUAAGGAGAAUAAGCUGAUUCUUCACGGCUCGAUGAAGUCCUUUUUUUAAUGAGCACAAGAAGCCUUUGUCAUUUGUACUGCAAGACGACAUAUGUAUGGAUUAUUGAAAUAUAAACCGGUUGGCGUCUCAUUUUCGAGAGAUUGAGCAUGUUGAUAUUCUGAUAUGCGAAACGGCUCUUUUCAUUCAAAUGAGCCCCACAAUUCCUAAAGAAAUGUACAAUAUAAUCU